AUGCUAAUUUCGGUGGUUUCAGGGCACUCUGCAGGGGCAUAUGGAACCCACAGGGUUGAUAUACUUGGAUCUGUUUUCGGCAGCUCUGCACAGGAGCACGCGCGCCAAGCUUUCUCAACCGAGUUCGGAAUAGCUGCCUGGCUCGUGGUAUCCACGCCCGCAUGUUUUAGCCAACGGUAUGCUUCUUCAAGUGACAAUCGAAGCACCACUGCCGAUCUACAGGAGCGCAACGGAUAUCAAGACCCUAUCAUAGUGGGCUGGGAUGGCCUCCAAAAUCCUCUGAACCUAGGAACUGGACCAUCAUGCUAUGUUCGACGUACUGUGGAUCAAUUUCUCCGCCGUGGAUUGGGCAUCUUCCGCCGAUUCUCAGACUGGAGCUACUGCCGCGGAGCAGUUUCACUCUAUACACGUGUGGGCUGGCGCUGGGGUCAUUCUUCGCUGGGCCGAUCUCUGAGACGGUGGGCUCCAAACUUUGGUGCUCCAUGCGUCUUUCGCUUCCUUGCUGGUGUAUCUGGAAACCUCCUAUUGGCGAUUCACGCUGCGUCAACAGCUAACAUCUUCGGACCGGUGCAUCGGACGCUGGCUUGGCCAGUGAUUGCGCUGGCGAGCUUUUGGGGCACUGCUUUUUCUCCUGUGCAAACUGGUUUCGACUGGCGCGGGACAGAAUGGAUUGCAGUCUUGAUGUCGAUAAACACUCUUAUGCUCACACUCCUCCUCCUCCCAUUGUGCUCACGCUCCUUCUCCUCCCAGAGACAUUCUCGCCAAUUCUGUUCUCUUGGCAUGCCAAGCACUUGCAGACUGUCACUGGUGUCGAGUCAGAAAUUGGCGUACAAAAGGCCUUCACACACCGUCUCGAAGUUGCAUUGUUUCAAGCGCUACAUCUGA